AUGAGUCCAAAGGUGACCUACUUCUACGACGCCGACAUCGGCAACAACUACUACGGGCCCGGGCACCCGAUGAAGCCCCACCGCAUCAGGAUGGCGCAUUCCCUGAUCCUGCACUACGGCCUCUACCGCGACCUGGAGGUCUUCACUCCCUGCAGGGCGACCGAGGAGGACAUGAUGCGCUUCCACAGCGAGGAGUACAUCCAGUUCCUCAAGACCGUGAUGCCGGACGACGAGAUCAGCCCCGAGGACCGCAAGAAGUACGGCGUGGGCGACGACUCCCCGGUGUUUGAGGGGCUGUUCAACUACUGCUCGUCGUACGCGGGGGGCUCGAUCGGGGGCGCGGUGCGGCUGAACCACGAGGCGACGGAGCUGGCGGUGAACUGGUCGGGCGGGCUGCACCACGGCAAGAAGGGCGAGGCGUCGGGGUUCUGCUACGUGAACGACAUUGUGCUGGCCAUCGUGGAGCUGCUCAAGUACCACCGGCGCGUGCUGUACAUCGACAUCGACAUCCACCACGGCGACGGCGUCGAGGAGGCGUUCUACCUCACCGACCGCGUGAUGUGCGUGUCCUUCCACAAGUACGGGGACUUCUUCCCGGGCACGGGCGACGUGGACGAGGUCGGCGACGGGCCCGGGCGGUACUACUCGAUCAACGUGCCGCUCAAGGAGGGUAUGGACGACCGGUCGUACGAGUACGUGUUCAAGCCCGUCAUGCAGCGCGUGAUGGACACGUACCAGCCCGAGGCCAUCGUGUUCCAGGCGGGCGCCGACAGCCUCUCGGGGGACCGCCUGGGGUGCUUCAACCUGUCGAGCGCGGGCCACGCGGAGUGCCUGCGCUUCAUGAAGACCUUCGGGCGCCCGAUGCUCGUCCUGGGCGGCGGCGGGUACACGGUCAAGAACGUGGCGCGCUGCUGGGCCUUCGAGACGGGCGUGCUCAUGGGGCGCGAGAUGGGCGACCGGCUGCCCCCGAACGCGUACUACGAGUUCUACAAGCCCGACUACGCCCUCCAGGUCCACGCGUCGCAGAAGUUCGAGAACCGCAACACCGUGCCCGAGCUCGACCUCAUCAAAACCACCCUCUUCCGACACCUCGCCAACGUGCGCCCCGCGACCUCGCUCGGGUUCGCACCGCGCCCCGAGGACGCCGUGGCCGCCGCCGACAUCCAGGACAACAAGGCCUGGGCCGACGAGCAGCAGGACAAGAACCCGGACGAGCGCCCCCCGCUGAUGCCCGGGGGCCUCCCGGACGAGGACGACAUGGAGGCUCCGGACGACAAGCCGGACCGGCAGGACCAGGCGUUCGGGGGGGGCGGCGCGGAGGCGGCCGCGGGGCAGGACACGGGCAUGUCCAUCGACACGUAG